UACAAAAACACAUAAAUAAAAAAAAAUAAAGAAAUAGAGAGACUUCUCUUACAAUUCUUCUUGCAACUCUUAUAACUCCCUCCUCCUUUUCUCUCUCUCUCUCUUUUCUCUCCCAAGCGGUUUUUCUGUAUUUGAAUUCUCUAAAAUCAACAACCUACACACACAUAUAUAUAUAAGCAAAGGGAGGCAUUUGUCUCUCUUUUUCUACAAAAACAAAGAUAGGUAAAGAGAAAAAAAACAUGUUUUACUCGCAGUUACUUCUAUCAAAGAAGGGGCCUUUAGGCACCAUUUGGAUUGCUGCUCAUUGUUAUAAGCGUCUCAAGAAAGAGCAAGUUCAGCAAACUAAUAUCACUUCUUCUGUCGACAAAAUUCUGCUGGAUCAAGCUCCUGUGGUUACAUACAGAAUCUUAGGUCACUUGCUCCUGGGCGUAGUUAGGAUAUAUUCGAAAAAAGUGGAAUAUCUUUUCCAUGACUGUAAUCAUGUUCUUAUUAAACUUGCUGAUUUUUCAACUCACAAGAGACCAACUAGCAAAUUAUCAGCUUUAAGGAUUGAGGGUAUGUAUGCUCCUGCCCGUGUUAUCACCCGACCAAAGAAAUUUGAACUGGAUACCUUUGAUCUGGAAGUCUUGGAAGAUCAAGAAGCAAACAGUGGUCAUGUGGCAUCCCGUGAAAAAAUCAUGCUUUCAGAUACCCGGGAAAAUGAGCAAGCAGUUUUUGGCUUAUCUAGCGAGUACGAGGAAGAUGUCACUCAUUCAGCGUCUUUGACCACAAAUCACACUCCAGUUAAAGACAUACGUUCACCUUACCUGAUGGACAAAGGUUUUGAUUUCCACCCAUCACCUGGGUCAGGCCACGUGGCUGCUAUGUGGAACCUCAAUGAGACUAGGUUCUCCUUGGAAGAGCGCUUUGAACCUAUGACCUUUGGGGAUGUUGAAAUUCAGAUGACCUCUGAUAAGACAGAUGAUCACAAGACUGAUGAUGAGCAGAUGAGAGAAUCCAAUGCUGGGAACUUGGUAAAUGACGAGCAUCUUUGUGAAAAGAGGCCAUCUCUAGAAGAACAUGCAGAACCGAUGAUUAUCACAGAUGCUGAAACAGAAAUCAACAUUGAUCAACAAUCUGAGAAAAUACAUCAGCCAGUUGUGCUCUUAAAACACCCUGAUGUAGGAGUGAAUGUAGACGAAGGACCAGCAGGCCCUAGCGAAUCAUUUCUUGUGGAAAAGCAUUGUAGUUUUGAGCAAAAGAAAAUUGUUGAAGCAUUUUCCUCUAGAAAUGAGAAGGAUCAGACUAAAGAUGAUCGAUCAGUGUCCCUCUCUAUUGAUGUGAAUCCAGAGACCAAGAUUUCAGGUUCCACUUCACCGGAAUUCAUAUCUGUUCGCACCCCAGCUACCAAGGAGCGUACUCGGAUUUCAAGGAAGCGGAAAUGUAUAUUUGAUGAGUCUAUUGUGAUUACAAAUCGGAUAUUCAAGCACUGGAUUGGUGAUGCAAGUGACUUAGUAUGCAAGAGAAGGAAAGCUCCUCUUUCCAGUUACUUUGCAUGGAAAGCACAUAAAAUUUCCUCACUUCCUCAGAGUUUUGAGGAGCCUCUAAUUCCUUGUGGGGGUCUUUCGAUUGAUAUUAGAUCUGCAAUUCGCAAAAUUAGAUCUACAAGGUAUGGGCCUGCAGAAACAGAAGAAGUUCUUUUGCGUGAGGAUAUACCAGAGUCUCCUAAUAAACCCAGAUCUGGGGAAAAAAUAGUUAUUGCUCCUGCGACAUCUCUGCAUGAGGACAUAGAAUCUCCUGGUACCCUCAGAUGUGGAGAACAAAUACCUAAUGCUCCUGCAGCAUCUCUGGAUGUGGGUGUACCUGAAUCUCCUAAUAGACUCAAAUAUGAUGAACACACCCCUAUUGCUCCUGCAACACCUGUCACUGGCUCAAGUUCGUUGAGAUUUCAUGAUAUGGAAGGAACUUAUAGAUCACACAUAGAACCAGCAAGUCCAACUGAAAGCACAGAGAAAGGAACACGUCCCGUGGAGGAUCUAGAAAUUGAAAUGAAUUUGAUAGAUGAGGAGAUAAAUUCAUCUGAAGGGACCUCCGAAAAAUGUAAAUUUUCCCUGAGAACAAGAAAGGUUGCAAGAUUUCUGCUUGAAAGCAUUCCUGCUCGAAAAGGGAAGGAGGAGGUAGAAGUUGUUAACUUGUCCUUGCUUCUGAAGGGGAAAACAAAGAGAGAUAGUGCAAAGGUGUUCUACGAGAUACUGGUUCUGAAAUCUGGAAGCUGGAUAGACGUGCAGCAGGAAGAUGCCUAUAGUGACAUCCUUUUGCAAGAACUCCCUAGACUAAAGCAGACCUUUGAAGCCGAAGGCUUUGGGCCAAAAUCCUGAAUGUUCGCAUAGGAGAGCAGUGUCGGUAAAUAGUAGCACAGGAAACUGACCGUAGAGGAGUAGUAAUAGAUGAAUCAAGCAACAUGCAUAUAAUGCUUUUUUUAUGUUUUGUUUGGUUACUAACUCUUUGUAGCUUAUGAAUGCUAAUUUAGUUGGACUUGUCAAUAUUUGUGUAGCUCUGGUUAAAGUGUUCGUGGCUACCGUUUGUGUAUAGUCAUUACUCUAAUUUUUUUCCUCUUUUA